AUGGCCAGUACACGCCCAAUCUUGAUCCAGUCGGGUCCCACUAGAAUUUCCAUUCCCGUCUCCACGCAAUGCGAUGAGUGGACAGCGGCGGAGGUCCUUCGCGAUGAAUUCUCCACUACCAACACCGUAGAUACCCAAGUAGAUGACACAACACAGGCGACCAUAGAGCUUUUCGCCCGUUUUCUUGGGUACAGCGCACAAUACCUAGACGCGGAUCCGCAUCGCACAACGAUCUUACUCCGAGGUGUGAAGGAGUUUACAUCCACCUACCUUUCGCAACAAGAUGUGCACACGCUCGCGGCCGCAUUCGACACUGACGUGCGCAAGACCGUGCUCGCAAACUACUUCCGGGCGUUCGCCGCGCUGGAGGCAAAGAACAUUUCUGAAAUUCCUCGCGCGCCAUCACCAGCGCUAUUCACGACGCAAGACGCGUCAAUCUAUGCAAUUUUUGGCGGCCAGGGGACGAACGAGGUCUAUUUCGAUGAGCUGCAAAACCUCUAUGACACGUACACGCCGUACGUCGCGCCAUUCAUCACUUCACUAACGGAGGAGGUGCUGCUGCCCCUGGCUGCGGAGUAUGGACCUACGACAUACUAUGCGCACGGUCUUGACGUGCUCUCAUGGCUCACCGGCGCGAGGCCGCGCCCACCAACGGCAUACCUGGCCUCCAUCCCCGUCUCAUUCCCCCUGAUCGGCUUGACGCAGCUGACGCAAUACUUGGUCGUCUGCCGGACGACCGGCCUGACGCCUGCAGAGAUGCGGUCGCGGUUGGCUGGUGCGACUGGCCAUUCACAGGGGCUAGUCUCAGCGGUGGUCGUGGCAGCAGCGACUACAGUGUCGACGUUUGUCUCAGAGUCGCUGAAGGCGAUGAAGUGGCUCUUCUAUUGCGGAUACCGAGGACAGGAGGCAUUCCCCGUGCUCGCACUAGAGCCGAGCAUUGUCGAAGACGCGAUCGAGGGUGGAGAGGGUGCGCCGAGCCCAAUGUUGUCCGUGACUGGCUUGGGUUUGAAGGAAUUGGAGGGGCACAUCUCGAAGACGAACGCACACCUACCGCCCAAGUCGCAGCUGCAGGUGUCUCUACACAAUGGUCCGAAGACCUUCGUCGUGACUGGCCCGGCACGCGCGCUUUAUGGCCUAGUAACGCACCUGCGCAAGGUUCGCGCGCCCAGUGGCCUCGAUCAGAGCAAGGUUCCCUUCUCGCAGAGGAAGCCUGUGUUCGCGGUGCGCUUCCUGGUGGUCGGCGUCCCCUACCACAGCGAGUAUCUCGCGGGAGUGACGAAGAAGAUGUUCGAAGAGGAUUUGGAGGGCGAGGAGCUUUGGACGAAGGAGGAUCUUGGAAUUGCUGUCUAUCACACAGAGAACGGAUCGGAUUUGCGGGAGCUAUCGACAUCAUUGACGUGCGCCUUGUGCGACCAAAUCUUCACGCUCCCCAUCCAUUGGGCACAGGCAACUGACUUCCCCGAGACGGCUACGCACGCGAUUGACUUCGGUCCUGGCGGGCUCAGCGGCAUCGGUCCUCUCACAGCGCGGAAUCUGGACGGCCGUGGCGUACGCGUCAUCGUCGCGGGGGACAAGGCCAAGGGCAUCGUCGAGUUGUAUAACACGCAGAACGUGAAGCGCGAGGAGUGGUGGGCGAAGAAGUUCACGCCCGGUCUUGUGAAGACUAGCGACGGCACCAUCCACAUCGAUACCCCAUUCUCUCGCCUGCUUGGCAAGCCCCCAAUCAUGGUUGCUGGUAUGACGCCGACUACUGUCCAAGCUGGCUUCGUUAGCGCGGUUCUCUCUGCUGGUUAUCACGUCGAACUUGCCGGUGGUGGGCACUACAAUCCCGCAGCCCUGCGCGCGAAGGUCGCCGAAAUACAGGCGAAUAUCCCUGCUGGCGUCGGUCUGACGCUCAAUGCUCUCUACAUCAACCCUCGUCAGUUCGGCUUCCAAUUCCCACUGUGGCAGGAGAUGCGUCGGGAAGGUCUUCCCGUUGAGGGAUUCUGUGUCGCUGCGGGUAUCCCAAGCACAGAGAAGGCGGCCGAAAUCAUCGACGCUCUCAGGAGCGCAGGCAUCCGUCAUGUUUCCUUCAAGCCCGGCUCUGUCGACGGCAUCCGCCAGGUCGUGAAUAUCGCUGCGGCCAACCCCGACUUCCCCAUUAUCCUGCAGUGGACAGGCGGCCGCGCAGGCGGUCACCAUUCGUGUGAGGACUUCCACCAGCCGAUUUUGUCGACAUAUAGCGCGAUCCGCCAGCAGAGCAACAUCUCGCUGGUCGGUGGUUCUGGCUUCGGUGGUGCCGACGACGUCUGGCCGUACCUCACGGGUGAUUGGUCAGUGGAGCGCUAUGGCAUGCAGCCAAUGCCCUUCGACGGCUUCCUGUUCGCGAGUCGGGUCAUGGUUGCGAAGGAGGCGCACACGAGCUCCUCUGUGAAGGACCUCAUCGUCGCUGCGAGCGGUGUCGAUGACGCGCAGUGGGAAGGCACCUACGCGAAGGAGACCGGCGGCAUCCUGACCGUCAAGUCGGAGCUUGGUGAACCGAUCCACAAGGUUGCAACGCGUGCCGUCAAGCUCUGGAAGGAGUUCGACGACACGGUGUUCAAGCUGCCAAAGGAGAAGCGCGUUGCGUGGCUGACAGAGCGUCGGGCGGAAAUUAUCGGGAAGUUGAACAAGGACUUCUCCAAGCCGUGGUUCGGUUGGAAGAAAGACGGGUCGGUGGUUGAGGACAUCGCCGAUAUGACAUACGAGGAGGUUGUCUUGCGCAUGAUUCGUUUGAUGUAUGUCGCGCAUGAGGAGCGCUGGGUCGACACCUCGCUGAGGAACCUGACUGGCGACUGGCUUCGCCGCAUUGAGGAGCGGUUUGCGGGUGUGAACGGUGGCGGGGCGAAGUCAUCUAUCCUCCAAUCAUACACAUCCCUCGACAAGCCCCAGGAAUUCGUCGCAUCGUUCUUUAAGGCUUACCCGCUCGCGACCGAGCAGAUUCUUGCCUCGGAGGACAAGGCCUUCUUCCUCGCAAUCUCUCAGCGCCCUGGUCAGAAGCCGGUUCCGUUCAUCCCUAUCCUUGAUGCCAGCUUCGAGGUGUGGUUCAAGAAGGACUCCCUGUGGGCAGCUGAGGACAUCGAGGCUGUCUUCGACCAAGACCCGCAGCGUGUUUGCAUCCUUCAAGGCCCGGUCGCUGUCAAGCACUCCACGAAGAAGGAUGAGCCCAUCAAGGAGAUGCUGGACAACAUCACGUCGAUGCUCGUCCAGAAGCUGGCGGAUCGUCUCUACAAUGGUGAUCUGAGCCGCGUUCCUACUGUCGGCUAUCUCAGUCCUUCCUCGUCGCCUAUCUCUCACAAUGCAUUCGCUUCUCUUGGCGUUGAGCGUGCUGUCAAGGGCAAUGCCAUCACAUAUGUUGUCGGCGCGAACCUUCCCGAUGCUACGACUUGGCUAGAGACUCUGGCGGGACCAGGACAAACUUGGUGGAGGGCACUCCUUACAUCGACUACCAUCGUGCAAGGGAUGUCCUACGUCGACAACCCAAUGCGACGACUCUUCUCGCCUCGUCGUGGGCAAAAGGUCGUUGUUGAGACUGAUAAGGAGUCGCCUGUGGGAGUGUCUGUCUUCGGCGCUGCACGGUCUUAUGGUCCGCACAAGGCAUCGUUCAAGGCAGUUGAAGUUAGCUUCGACAAAUCGCAAAAUGUCAUUAACGUCACGCUAUUCGAAGAUCGUCGCGAUGCCUCCGUUCCUCUUCAUCUACAAUUUGUCUACAAGCCUGCGAUGGGCUUCGCUCCCAUCCACGAAAUCGCUGAAGAUCGCAACAAGCGCAUCAAGGACUUCUAUUGGCGCUUGUGGUUCGGCGAUGAUCAGGUCCUCCCUGAGAUCGACGUUCGGCAGACGUUCACCGGUCCUGACGUCACCAUUAGUGCGGCCGAAGUUGAGAGUUUCUGCACAGUUGUCGGCAACGACGGCGAGUCUUACAAGACAGCUCGGGCAGACCAUGUCCAAGCACCAAUGGACUUUGCCAUUGUUACGGGCUGGCAGGCGAUCAUGAAAGCGAUCUUUCCCUCGUCGAUCGAUGGUGACAUACUGAAGCUUGUUCAUCUGUCUAACGGGUUCCGUAUGGUCAACGGCGCGAGAUCGUUCCAAGCGGGCGAUGUUUGCAACGCGGAGGCUCGUAUUGUCUCAGUUGUGAACAACGAUGCAGGGAAGGUCGUCAAAGUCAAGGGUUUCGUGAUGCGCGGUGGCGAGCCUGUCGUUGAAGUUAUAUCAUCGUUCCUCUACCGUGGCCGCUUCGCCGACUUCGAGAAUACCUUCGAAUUGAUCGAGGAGCCGGACUAUUUCGUUGAGCUUGCAACAGAUGCGGACAUCGGUGUCCUCCAAUCCAAGGAGUGGUUUGAAUGGGAUGACGAGACGAAGCCUAUCCAUACUGGAACUACUCUCAUCUUCCGCAUCCAGUCCGACGUCACCUAUCGCAACAAGACGUGUUUCAAAUCUGUCUCGGUCUCCGGUGAUAUCUUUGUUCGUGAUCAGCUCAAGCGCCUCGUUAAGGUUGGGAGCGUCGAUUUCCUCCAAGACGACAGCCGCGGCAAUCCCGUUCUCGCCUACUUGCAGCGCCAUGGUCAGCCUCAAGGACUUCCAAGCCCUCUUGCGAACGAUGGCUACACGAUGACGUCUACGGGUUCAACUAUCUUCAAUUCCCCUGCUACCAAUGAGCCGUAUUCCGUCGUUUCGGGUGACUUCAACCCUAUCCACAUCAACCCGUACUUCUCGGAUUAUGCGUCGCUUCCUGGGACCAUCACGCACGGCAUGUGGUCAAGUGCUGCCACUAGACGCUAUGUCGAGACAGUCGUCGCCCAUGGCCGUCCUGACCGUGUUAUUGCUUAUGAUGUUGCGUUCGUUGGUAUGAUUCUCCCUCGGGAUGAACUCAACGUCAAGCUCAAGCACGUUGCCAUGCGUGACGGCAACAUUGUCGUCAAGGUCGAGACAUUUAAUUCGCAAGGAGAGAAGGUCCUGGAAGGCACCGCGGAGGUUGCGCAGCCUACCACUGUCUAUGUAUUCACCGGCCAAGGUUCGCAGGAGCCUGGUAUGGGCAUGGAUCUCUACAACAAUUCCCCUGCUGCUCGCUCUGUGUGGGAGGCUGCCGACGCACACCUUACUGCUGUAUACGGAUUUUCGAUCGUCGAGAUUGUCAAGGCCAACCCGAAAGAGAAGACGAUCCAUUUCGGUGGGAUAAAGGGGCAGCAAAUCCGUUCACGCUAUAUGGAGAUGACUUACGACACCAUGGACAAGGACGGUAACGUGAAGACGCUCCCUCUCUUCGGUGACAUCAAUGCCCGUACGCAGAGAUAUACCUUUAGCCAUCCAUCCGGCCUGUUGUACGCGACGCAGUUUGCGCAGAUCGCACUUGUCGUGACUGAGCGUGCGGCGUUCGAGGACAUGCGCUCGAAAGGUUUGGUCCAAACUGGUGCUGCUUUCGCCGGUCACUCUUUGGGCGAAUACUCGGCUUUGGCUUCGAUCGCGGAUGUUCUGCCAAUCUCGUCACUCGUCGACAUCGUCUUCUACCGUGGUAUCACCAUGCAGCGCGCUGUGGAACGCGACACCCAGAACCGAUCUAACUAUGCAAUGUGUGCCGUGAAUCCUAGUCGCAUCUCGAAGUCGUUCACAGAUGCUGCGCUCCGUGAAGUUGUGGAUGAUAUCGCUCAACACACAGGUUGCCUUCUGGAAAUUGUGAACUUCAACGUAGAGGGUCAACAAUACGUCUGUGCCGGUGAACUGAUCGCGCUGCAGACGAUGACCAAUGUCUUGAAUUACCUGAAGGUCCAGAAGAUCGACAUCCAGAAGCUAACCGAGAAGUUCACGAUCGAUCAAGUGAAGGAAAUGCUCCGCGAAAUCAUUGACUCUUGCUACACACGUGCGAAGGAACAGCAGGCGGCUGAAGGCUACAUCAAGCUCGAACGUGGAUUCGCAACGAUUCCCUUACCCGGGAUUGACGUACCCUUCCACUCACGUUACUUAUGGGCUGGUGUCAUGCCAUUCCGAGCUUACCUCUCGAAGAAGAUUAACCCCGCGCAGCUCAAUCCCGAUACCUUGGUUGGCAAAUAUGUCCCGAAUCUCAUUGCCAAGCCUUUUGAGAUCUCGAAGGACUACGUGCAGCUCAUCUAUGAUCGCACCCUGUCUGUACGAUUGGACAAGGUCCUCCGGAAGUGGGAUCAAGACAACUGGGAUGCACCGGAGCAGCGACAGAAGCUCGCCUAUAUCACGCUGGUCGAGCUGCUCGCGUACCAGUUUGCGUCACCUGUACGAUGGAUCGAGACGCAGGAUAUCCUUUUCACGCGUUACCACUUCGAACGCUUCAUCGAGAUUGGACCGUCGCCGACGCUUACCGGUAUGGCCACUCGCACUCUGAAGGCGAAGUACGAGGUACAGGAUGAUUCAGUCAGCCGGACGCGUGCAAUCUUGUGUCAUGCGAAGAACACUAAGGAGGUCUACUACCAAUUCGAGGAUGCACCAGAAGUUGCGGAAUCCGAUGCACAGGCUGACAACGCGGCAAUACAGGCUUCCGUUGUUAGCACACCUAUCGCUGUGUCUGCUGCCCCUGCGCCCGCUGCCAGUGCCACCCCGGCCACUAGCGUAGAUGAUGUUCCCCUGAAGGCCAUCGAAAUUCUCAGCGUCAUCGUUGCGCAGAAGUUGAAGAAGAAAGUGGACGAAGUCCCAUUGUCGAAAUCGCUGAAGGACCUAUCCGGUGGCAAGUCUACCCUUCAGAACGAGAUCCUUGGUGACCUCCAACUCGAGUUUGCGUCUGCUCCGGAGAAGGGUGAGGAGCUCCCUCUUGAGGAGCUAGGCUCUGCCUUGAGUGUGGGCUUCUCUGGGAGUUUGGGCAAGUACACCUCUGGUCUCGUCGGACGUCUCGUUGGCGGCAAGAUGCCUGGUGGAUUCAACAUGUCUUCAAUCAAGGCGUAUCUUUCUAAGGCCUGGGGUCUCGGUCCUUCUCGUGCUGAUGGCGUCCUCCUCCUUGGUACCACUAUGGAACCUGCUAAACGUCUCGCUUCAGAGGCGGACGCGAAGGCGUGGCUGGACUCGAUCGUCGCGUUGUAUGCCCAGCGUGCCGGGAUCUCCCUUUCUGCAGCCAGUACCUCUGGUAGUGGCGGAGGUGGUGGCGGCGGCCCCACGAUCAACAGUGAAGAAUUCCUGAAAUUCCAGGCGGAGCAGGAAUGGUUCGCCUCGCAGCAGGUCGAAUUAUACAUGCGAUAUCUCAAGCGCGACUCUCGAGCUGGCGAGCACAAGUAUGAAAAUGAGAAGGCCAAUGUCGAUGCGCUUCAGUCAAGACUGGACGCCAUCGCGAGAGAACACGGCGACACCUACAUUGAUGGAAUUCAACCCGUCUUUGACGCUCUGAAGGCCCGCCACUUCGAUUCUUCAUGGAACUGGGUUCGUCAGGAUGCACUCCUCAUGUUCUACGACAUCAUCUUCGGCCGUCUUACUACUGUCGACCGGGAAAUUACCGCGCGUUGCAUCGCUAUCAUGAACCGCGCCGACCCAGAGCUAGUGACGUACAUGCAAUACUAUAUUGACCAGUGUGAUCCCAACCGUGGCGAUACAUACAAGCUGGCGAAACAGUUCGGCCAACAGCUCAUCGACAACUGCCGUGAAGUGGUCGGUCUACCUCCUCUGUACAGGGAUGUUACGUUCCCAACGGCGCCGCACACCGAGGUGACUGCGAAGGGAGACAUUGUCUACUCCGAGGUGGUUCGCGAGAACGUGCGCAAGUUGGAGGCAUAUGUAGAGGAGAUGGCCAGUGGUGACACUAUUUCGGCUCCCACCAACAUGCAGAAGAUCCAAGACGAUGUUCUCAAGCUGUGGACCGUCGUCAAGUCUCAGCCGGAGAUCAGCGAGGAGCAGAAGAACCGUAUCAAGGCUCUGUACGAAGGCGUCGUUCGAUCUCUCCGCAAGCGUCCGGAGUCGCGCGCUCGUCCUGGAGCACCAAGGACUCGCCGUUCGUCUUCGCAAUUCCUUCGGCCCCAGAUCUCUGGCAUCGCAUCCGUGUCUGCUGACAAGGUUCCACUCUUGCACCUAAAGCGCAGAGUUGGUACAACUUGGGAGUACAGCAGCAACCUCACUGGUGUCUAUCUCGACAUCUUGCAUGAGAUUGCCACGUCUGGCACUACGUUCAAGGACAAGAACGCUCUACUCACCGGUGUUGGUAAGGGAUCAAUCGGAGUCGAAGUGCUCAAGGGACUUCUCUCUGGCGGAGCGCACGUUGUCAUAACCACUUCUCGCUACAACCGGUCGACCGUCGAGUACUACCAGAGCGUCUUCCAGCGCUUUGGUAGCAAGGGAUCUGGACUGACUGUUGUCCCCUUCAACCAAGGCUCCAAGCAAGACGUCGAAGCCCUCGUCGACUACAUCUACUCUACCCUGGGCCUUGACCUUGACUAUAUUCUCCCCUUCGCUGCCGUCCCUGAGAAUGGGCGUGAGAUUGAUGGCUUGGAUGACAAGUCUGAGCUCGCACACCGAAUCAUGCUGGUCAACCUCCUUCGUUUACUAGGCGCAGUCAAGGUGAAGAAGGCGUCUCGACAUAUCUUGACUCGACCCACUCAGGUGAUCCUGCCCCUAUCGCCCAACCACGGAACAUUUGGACGGGAUGGCCUCUACUCCGAAUCCAAGAUCGGUCUGGAGACGCUGUUCAACAGGUGGAAUUCUGAGAGCUGGGGGGAGUACCUCUGUAUGGCUGGCGCCGUUAUAGGGUGGACUCGUGGCACGGGCUUAAUGGACGCAACCAACAUCGUAGCGCAGGAAGUCGAAGGCAACGGCGUGCGCACCUUCUCCGCGAAGGAGAUGGCCUUCAACCUCCUCGGCUUGAUGCACCCCCUCUUGUUCAGCAUUACCCAAGUCGAACCGAUCUGGGCCGAUCUGAACGGUGGCAUGGAUCGUCUCCCUGAUCUCGCUGAGAUUACGACCCGUAUACGUGGUGACCUCAACAAAAAGAGUGAUCUUCGUCGUGCAAUUGCUCGAGACAACGCAGCGGACUUCAAGGUCGUCAACGGGGUCGAGGCCGAGCGCGUUCUCCAGACAGUGAACGUAACACCUCGCGCUAAUUUCAAGUUCGAUUUCCCUUCACUAGAGUCUGUGGAGUCUUUAUCCGAUGUUGCUGCCCUCCGAGGAAUGCUGGAUCUUGACCAGGUUGUCGUCGUAACAGGCUUCGCGGAAGUGGGGCCUUGGGGUAGUUCGCGUACCAGGUGGGAAAUGGAAGCUCGCGGUGAAUUCACUAUCGAAGGCUGCAUCGAGAUGGCGUGGAUGAUGGGCUACAUCAAGCACUUCGACGGGCGAUUGAAGGACGGCUCUCUGUACGUGGGUUGGGUUGACUCCAAGACUGAAGAACCUGUGGACGACAAGGAUGUCAAGAGUCGCUACGAGAAAGACAUUCUCGGCCGUGCUGGGAUUCGUCUCAUCGAACCGGAGCUCUUCCGCGGAUAUGAUCCCAAGAAGAAGACAUUCAAUCAAGAGAUACAGUUGAUUCAUGAUCUUGAAGCGUUCGAGGCGAGUCAGACUGAAGCUGAGAAGUUCAAAUACGAACACGGCGACAGCUGCGAUAUAUGGGCUGGCGAGGGAGGACAGUGGUUCGUCAAGCUCAAGAAGGGUGCGCGCGUCAUGGUGCCGAAAGCCUUCAAGUUCAACCGUCUUGUCGCUGGUCAGAUUCCUACCGGAUGGCACGCUGGUCGUUACGGUAUCCCUGCGGACAUCAUCUCUCAAACCGACCGUACCGCUCUAUGGACUCUGGUUGCAGCAGCAGAUGCGCUCAACACGUCCGGUAUCACCGAUCCGUACGAGUUGUACCAACACAUGCAUCCAUCCGAGGUUGGCACUAGCAUUGGUAGCGGUAUGGGCGGUAUGGAAAGUCUGGCGAAGAUGUUCAAGGACCGCCGAGACGAAAAGGACGUACAAAAUGACAUCCUGCAGGAGACGUUCAUCAACACGACCGCAGGAUGGGUCAAUCUCCUUCUGCUUUCAUCUUGUGGACCAGUGAAGAUUCCUGUCGGUGCCUGUGCGACUGCUCUGCAAUCGGUAGAGAUCGCUUGUGAUACACUCUUAUCCGGUAAAGCCAAAGUGAUGCUGGCGGGAGGAUACGAUGACUUCAGCGAGGAAGGCUCCUACGAGUUCGCGAACAUGAAGGCCACUAGUAACUCGGAGACUGAGUUCGCUAUGGGUCGAGAGCCAACAGAGAUGUCGAGGCCUGCCACCACGACUCGUGGAGGAUUCAUGGAAGCACAAGGCACGGGUGUACACGUCCUCAUGAGUGCGAAGACAGCGUUGGAAAUGGGUUGCCCAAUUCGUGGCAUUGUCGCAUUCACAUCGACAUCCACUGAUAAGGCAGGAAGAUCAGUCCCUGCUCCAGGACGCGGUGCGCUCACCAUCGCCAGAGAGAUUCAGUCGAAACACCCUCUUCCUAUUCUUGAUAUUGCAUACCGUUCACGACAGCUCGCGUUCCGUCGUCGCCAGAUUGCUGAUUGGUUGGAGAAUGAGCGACACCUACUGCAAGAGGAGCUCGAGUUCCGAAAGAGUCACAACGAGCCCGCCAGCGGAGACUACCUCGCCAGUCGCGUAGCUGACCUAGAGAAGGAGGCUGCCCGUCAGGAGAAGGAUGCUUUGGCAACGUACGGCAUGCUUCAAGGUGUUGACCCUCGAGUGUCCCCUCUCCGUCGCGCACUAGCCGUCUGGGGGCUGACUGCAGACGACGUUGGCGUGCUGUCCAUCCACGGUACCGGUACUGGUGCAAACGAGAACAAUGAGACACACGUCUGGAAUGAUGUCUUCGCCAAUAUCUCUCGCACCCCGGGCAACGCUGUACCUGUCAUGGCUCAGAAGAGUCUCUGCGGCCACUCCAAAGGUGGGUCAGCUGCAUGGCAACUGGCCGGUCUGCUUCAGAGCGUGGGAAGUGGUAUCGUCGCGGGCAACAGAAAUGCCGACAACGUGGACUCGCACUUCAAGGACUACACGUACUUGAUGUUCCCGUCGGUGUCGAUUCAUACCGAUGGCAUCCGUGCAGGCCUUAUGUCGUCAUUCGGGUUCGGUCAAGUCGGUGGAACUUGUCUCGUCUUGCAUCCUCGCCACGUCUUCGGUGCCCUCGAGCCGUCUGCAUAUGAAGCCUACAAGGCCAAGAAUGCUCGCCGCUCCCGCCUCACAUAUAAGGCCAUGAGUGAGAUGAUGAUCACCAACUCAUUGGUUCGGGUGAAGGAGGGCCCGCCUUUCACGAAGGACGUCGAGGCAGCCGUUAUGCUUAACCCUCUCGCAAGGACUUCCUACGAUUCGAAGACGGGCAGCUAUGUCUUCACGUCCAAGCUGGCCACGGAGCCUCAGGUCGAUACGGCUCACGUCAAGGUGGUCUCACAGAUCAUCUCGGAGAAGGAAUCCACCGCAGGAGUCGGUGUCGACCAAGAACUGAUCUCGUCGGUGCCGUCGUGGAAUCCCGAGUUCGUCAAGCGCAACUUCACUGAGGCCGAAAUUGCCUACUGCCGAGGACAGCCGUCUUCUGAGUCUUCCUUCGCCGCACGGUGGGUCGGCAAGGAAGCCGUCUUCAAGUCGCUUGGUGUCUCGUCGAAGGGUGCCGCGGCGCCGAUGAAGGACAUCGAGAUCCUGCCCGACGAAUCCGGCGUUCCUACGGUCACGCUGCACGGCGACGCUAAGUCUGCGGCCGAGGCCAAGGGUAUCUCGAAAGUCCAUCUAUCGCUCAGCCACUCAGAGAAUGUCGCCAUCGCGUUUGCGCAAGCCACGUCUUCAUGA